AUGGCAGAUAAUGAAUUCGAAUUAAGGGGUUUUCUAGUUGGACAUAAGAAAGGCAUAAGAUGCUUAUGCACUAUUUACUCAGACUUAUUUGAAGAAUUGCAAGAUAGAAAUUUCCUUUUUGAAUAUAUUAUUAGUGCUGAUUAUAACGGUACGAUAUUUGUUUGGAAACGUUUUGAAAACAUAAAAGGAGUUGAAGAAGAAAAGAAAAUAUCGAAUGAAGAAAAGGAUGAGUGUAAUGAACUUUUAUAUGAUGAUAAUUUCAAAUUGUAUAAAAAAAUAGAAAUACAUGAAAAAAUUAUAUAUUCCUUAUGUUAUAGUAAAUAUAUAGGUAUAAAAGAAUUACAAAAAAUAUGUGAUGAAGAUGAAGAAGAAAAAUAUAUCCAUAUUGAAGAUCAUUUACAUAUAUAUAGUGGAGGGUAUGAUAAGAAUAUUUAUCUUUUCUCAUUAAAUGGAUUUAUAGAACUCGUUUUAGAAGGUCAUAAAAAUAGUGUUUGUAGUAUUGUUGAAAAAAGUAAAGAUAUUCUUAUUAGUGGAGAUUGGAAUGGACAAGUAUUUAUAUGGAAAAUAGAAAUGAAUAAAUUGAAUGAAAAUUGUUCUUUUAAUAAUAUAACAAAAAAUAAAAAUGAUAAUAAUAACAAAUAUGAUAAUAAUUAUAAACUUAAUGGUCAGUAUAAUAAAGAAGAUGUUAUAAAAAGAAAUAAUUCGUUAGAUUCUAAUAAAUAUAAAUAUAGUAUCUUAAAAAUUAUAGAUAAUCAUAAACAUGCUGUAUAUGUCAUUUGUAUUAAUGAUUUUAUACUUACCUUAUCACAAGAUAAUAUUUUGAAAAUGUGGGAUGUUGAAGGGAAUAAAAUAAAUGAAAUUCAAGAUAUACAUAAAGAUAGUGUUCGGGAUAUUAUAUUAUUUAAUAAUAAUAAUAAUGUUAUUACAUUUUCGAAUGAUGAAAAUAUUCAUAUAUAUGAUAUGAAUUUUGUAUUACUAAAACAAUAUAAAGGACAUAAUGGUUUCAUAUUUUAUGUAUGUGUUAAUGAAAAGGAUAAAAUUAUGAUUAGUUGUGGAGAUGAUAAAACAAUCAAAUUUUGGUGUAUUCAAGAUAUAUAUGAAUAUAUGGAAAUCUUUCUCAAAAAUAAAUCUUUAGAUGAUCCGAUAUCCUUUUUUAAAAAUAAAAAUAACCAAACGUAUAAUUGUUUACAAACUAUCAAUUUAAGAGAUACUAUGUGGAAUGUUAAACUUUUGAGGAAUCAUGAUGUUGUUUCAGCAUGUAAUGAUAGCUAUAUUAGAAUUUAUACAAAUAAAAAAGAUAAACAAUUAUCUCGAAAUAUUAUACAAAUGAUUGAUAAUAAAUAUUCGAAAAAAGAAGAUUUAUUAAAUGACAAAAAUCAAAGCGAAUAUGUACAUGAUAUAAAUAAUAUACAAAAUGUUGUAGGAAAAGAAGGAGAUAUUAAAGUAUUUAAAAAUCAAAAUAAAUAUGAAGCAUAUAAAUAUGAAAAUAAUCAAUGGAUUCUAAUCGGUGAUGUAAUAGAUGAUGUUAAUACAAAUAAAAAAUUCUAUAUUGGAGAUGAUCUAUUUGAACAAGGUUAUUAUGAUGAACUUUUUUCAAUAGACAUAGGUUCGGAUCAUAUCAAAAUUUUACCAUAUAAUAAAAAUGACAAUAUACAUUUAAUAGCUGAAAAAUUCUGUAAAAGAGAACAUAUCUCAAUAAGUCAUAUCAAAUCUAUAGUUGAUUUUAUUAAUCAAAAUUGUAAUGUAAAUAAUAAUAAUAAUAAUAAUAAUAAUUCUGAUAAUCAUAAUAAUCAAAAUGAUAAUUUAAUUAAAACAAAAAAAAAAUUCAACACUAUAUUAAAUGUUAUAACAAUACAACAAGCCGCAUUAGAUAAAAUCUUAGAUAAAAUAAAAGAAUUUAAUUCAAUUUUAUUACAACAAAAUAAUCAAUAUAAAUUAAAUAAUGAUGAAAUCAAUUCCAUAUCCAAUAUUAUUAAAAUAUAUAAAACAAAUAUUAAAACAUCAUAUCUUUUUAAUACAACAGAUAUUAAUGUAACAACCAAAAUUUUUAAUUGGUCAUCAGAUCAUAUAUUUCCUAUAAUAGAUUUAUUUAGAAUUUUAGUAUUAAAUAAAAAUUGUGAUUUUUUAUAUAAUAAUAAAUAUUCAUUUAAUGCUUUCAAAUUAGUAUAUGAUUGUAUAUCAUAUUAUAUAAAUAAUUACGAUAAUCAAAAUCAUAUAAAUAAAUUAGACUCCUUAUUAUUAUGUUCCUUACGAUUUUAUCUUAAUAUGUUUUAUCUAUCAACACCCAGAUAUUUUAUGUUCAAAAAAUAUAAUUUUGUCUUAAAACAAAUAAGCCAAAUACAAUCAAAAAAUAAUAAUAUUAUCUUAUUAUUAUUCAGAAUAUUUUUUAAUUUUAUAAUUACUUUAAACGAAAAUAAUGACAAGGAACUUAGGAAAAUUUUAUUUGAACAAAUUCAUAACUUUUCUAAAUUUAUUUGUGAUCCCGAUACUUUAUAUACAUACUCCUUAUGCUUUCAUACUUCUUCUGAAAUAUACAGCAAGCAAACAUAUGAAUUUAUCAAUAAAUAUAAUGUAAUCCAUUUUGUUCAAUAUAAAUCUAAUGAACUCAAGAACCAACAAAAUGAAACCAACGAAAAGACAUUUAAAAAUAUUUCACUGAUCUUGGACGAUUUGAAAAAUAUAUUAUAA